GCCCCCCACGGGGGGCGACGCCCUCCGCUCGGCCAUGCUCGCCGAAAUUCGAAAUUUUCGACCGAAGAAAAAACGGAGCAGCGCCGAGGACGAAGCCCGCGCUAAACGAAGCGCGACCAUCGCGGAGCUACUGGAGACCGAGGAGGAGCUUGUAAGGGACCUGCACUUCGCGGUUGACCGCUACUACCACCACCUGGACCUGCCCACCACCCCCCGCCAUGUCACCGACGCCAGGGACAUUUUGUUCGGCAACUUCAACUUCUUCCCUGACUUCCAUAAGAA